AUGAUGAAACAGUUGAACUUCAAAAAGCAAGUGUUUGCUGAAAUGGAUAAAUAUGCAUCUUCAGAGAUAAUUCUCGCAAGCAGUACGUCAACAAUACCUGCAUCAGAGUUUACCGAAGGCCUCGAACAUCGAUCUCAAUGCAUUGUGGCGCAUCCCGUGAAUCCACCACUUUAUCUCACGCUUGUGGAAAUGGUUCCUGCUCCGUGGACAAGUGACCAGACCAUUCAAAAAGCAUAUGAGGUUAUGAAAAGCAUAGGACAAGUAAGUUCUUCGUUUUGA